GUGAGGAACAAACACUCUGUCAUUCCAGUUAAGGCAGACCGCUCCUGAGUCCAGGACACUGGUCUUCAAAAGUGACAAUGGAUUCCAUCACUCAAGAUACAGAUGCAAAGCAAAAUGGCAACAAAAAGGCUCAUGGCCCUGUGGCUGGGAUAUUUAUGGAGAAGACUAAGGAGACGAUUACCAUUUAUCAAGCCAUGAAAAAACGUCUACUUAAGCCAGGAACAGCACUAGCGCUACUUGAAGCACAAGCUGCCACUGAGGGAAUCAUUGAUCCAAUUAACAACCGAAAACUUCCAAUUGAAGAUGCAGUCAAAGAGGGAAUAAUUGGACCUGAGAUGAAAGAGAAACUCCUCGCAGCAGAGAGAGCUCUCAGUGGUUAUGUAGACCCCUAUACUAGUCAAACUAUAUCCAUAUUCCAAGCCAUACAAAAAGAUUUGGUUCCAAAGGAUUAUGGAAUGAGGCUACUGGAAGCACAGAUAUCCACACAAGGCCUGUUUGACCCUAUUGAGAAGAGACACAUUUCAACAGAAUCAGCAAUUGAGAAAGGCUACUAUGAAAAAGAUUUGCUUUGUGACCAGAUGGAGGAGCUCCGAGUUUUCUACAAUCCAAACUCUCAAGAAAAUCUCAACUACCGCAGCCUCCUGGAGAAAUGUAUCCUUGAGCCUGAUAAAGGUCUGCUACUGCUGCCCAUCUUCAUCACUUUCAAAGGCUUACGAAGGGGUGUUUCAUCCUCUGAACUCUUGGAGUCAAAGAUUAUUGACAAAGAAACAUAUGACAACUUGCAAAAAGGUAAUACUACAACACAUGAUGUGAUGCUGAUGGAGUCAGUGAGAGAAUACUUGGAGGGCAAAGGGAGUAUCGCGGGUGUAGCACUACUCUCGUCCAAUCAGAGAAUGAGCAUCUUUCAAGCUAUGAAGCAAGGGAUAUUGAUGCCUGGCACGGCACUGGUUUUACUGGAAGCUCAAGCUGCAACUGGAUUCAUGAUUGAUCCUGUAAAAAACAAAAAGAUGAGUGUAGAGGAGGCCGUCAAAACCAAACUUGUUGGCCCACAAUCUCAUGCAAAGCUACUCUCUGCUGAACGGGCAGUAACUGGAUACAAAGACCCAUACUCAGGUAAAACCAUAUCUCUUUUUCAAGCACUGUCAAAGGAUCUCAUUGUAAAAGAACAUGCAAUCCGCUUACUCGAGGCUCAAAUCGCCACAGGGGGGAUAAUAGACCCAAUCAACAGUCACAGACUUCCAGUAGAAGUAGCCUAUAAGAGAGGCUACUUUAAUGAAGAAAUGAAUGUCACUCUAGAGGACGCAGGAGAUGACACUAAAGGCUUCUUCGACCCAAACACAAAAGAAAAUUUAACCUAUUUUCAACUAAUGGAGAGGUGUGUGAUUGACCCAGCGACUGGGCUCUGUCUUCUCCCUCUCUUUGAAAAGUCAGAUAGGCUGAAUUCCAACUUUAUCGACUACCAAACUAAACUGGCUUUCAAAGAAGUGAAGGUUAAAGUGUCAUGUGGAAAGUACACGGGAAUGACAGUAUCUCUGUGGGAACUACUGAUGUCAGAAUACUUUGAUGAACACCAGAGACAAGACAUCAUUCAAAAGUACAAAGAUGGGAAGCUCACAAUCAAGCUGGUCAUUACAUCAGUUCUGGAAAUCAUAGAAAGGUCAGUGAAAACAACUAAGGUUAUCUUUGAAGGCAUUAGAGAAACUGUCUCUGCAAAGAAACUUGUAGAAGCAGAUAUCAUCAGUAAGGAGGUCUUGGAAGAGCUUGAAAAGGGAAAGAAAACAGUGAAGGAGGUUGUAGAGGAUGAAAAUGUAUCUGUGUACCUGCAAGGGAAAGAUAGCAUAGCAGGGAUUCUGCUUCCUGAUUCUCAGAUCAUGUCCAUUUACCAGGCCAGACAGAAAGGAAAGCUGAUGCCAGGAACUGCUUUGAUUCUGCUGGAGGCACAGGCAGCAACAGGAUACAUAAUUGACCCUAUUGGAAACAGAAAGUUUUCAGUAGAUGAGGCUGUAAAGGCAAAGGUUGUUGGCCCUGACCUAUAUAAUAAGUUGCGUUCAGCAGAGAAAGCAGUGACUGGUUACAGAGAUCCAUAUGAUGACAAAAUACUCUCUUUGUUCCAAGCCAUGCAGAAAGACCUAAUCCUAAAAGAUCAUGGAAUUCGCCUGCUCGAGGCACAAAUUGCCACAGGUGGAAUAAUUGAUCCUGUGAACAGCCAUCGCAUUCCUGUCCAUGUGGCUUAUGACAGGGGGUACUUUAAUAAAGAAAUGAAUCAAAUCUUGAGUGAUCCAACUGAUGACACAAAAGGGUUCUUUGACCCCAACACUUAUGAGAACCUAACAUACCUGCAGCUCAUGGCAAGAUGUGUCACGGAUCCCAGUACAGGCUUGUGUCUAUUGCCACUCAAAGAUAAAGUCAUCAGAAUCAACAUAGAUGAGCACAUCAAAGAAAAAUUCAGAGCUACAACAGUCACUGUCAGGUACGGCCGAUUCAGUGGUAAGCACACAACACUGUGGGACCUCAUCAACUCAGAGUAUCUAUCUGAGGACAAAAGAAAGGAGUUUUUCAAGCUCUAUAGGUUACGUAGAAUCACAAUAGAGCAAAUCAUUGACACCAUUUUGGAGGUUGUUGAGAUGAAAGCAAUAAAACAGCAAGCAGUACUGAAUUUUAAGGGACUGAGAGGAGAAGUCUCUGUUGUGGACCUUCUGAAGCUACAGAUUUUGGAUGAAAAAACCUACAAUGGUUUGGUAGAUGGAAAGCUAAAAAGCACUGAUGUGAUAAAGAUGGACAGUGUCAGAACCUAUCUACAAGGAAAAAGCUGUGUAGCUGGGGUGAUACUCCAACCUUCCGAUGAAAAGCUAAGCAUCUAUGAAGCACAGAAAAGGGGUAUAUUAACACCUGGUACUGCCCUUUGUCUCCUGGAGGCACAAGCAGCUACAGGAUUCAUUGUUGAUCCUGUGAAGAACAAAAGAUUAACUGUGGAACAGGCUCUGAAAGAAAAGGUUAUCAGUCCUCAAAUGUAUGAAAAACUUCUUGCUGCAGAGAGGGCAGUCACUGGUUACAAAGACCCAUACACCAACAAUAAGAUCUCUCUUUUCCAAGCCUUAACAAAAGACCUAAUCAUGCGGCAGCAUGCCAUCCGUUUACUUGAGGCUCAGAUUGCCACAGGUGGUAUCAUCGACCACUUGAAGAGCAUCCACUUACCCCUUGAGGUUGCAUACAGGGAGGGCUAUUUUGAUGCAGAACUUAAUCAGAUUCUGUCUGAUCCCAGUGAUGACACCAAAGGAUUUUUUGACCCAAAGACUCAAGAAAAUCUGACAUACAUGGAAAUGUUGAGACGAUGCGUAAAGGAUACGAAGACAGGUAUGUUUCUCUUGCCACUGAAUGACAAGACUAAACCCACAAGGAGAGAGAAGAAAAUGUUUACAGAUACAGAGAUAAAACAGGAGUUUGAAAAGAGAGAGGUUAGUCUGUCUGUGGGUCGGUAUUCAGGAAUAUCUGUUACUCUCUGGGACUUACUUCAUUCUGAAUACUUUACAGAUGAUCAGAGAGUUGACUUAAUUGAAAGAUAUAGGACAAAGAAGAUAACCAUACAAAAGAUAAUCACAUUAGUUAUUUCCACUAUCACAAAGCUAGAGCAGAGUGAAACCAUCAAAACAACAAUGGGCUUGAGAAAGCCAGUCUCUGCAAAACAACUACUGGAUUCUGAAAUUAUUGAUUUAAAUACACUCAAGAGUAUGGAGGAAGGGAAACAAACCCUUGAUGAGGUGACACAAUGUGAAUCUGUGAGAAGAUUCCUAAGUGGAAGUGGAAGCAUUGCUGGAAUUCUGACUUACCCUUCCAGGAAGGUUUUGAGCAUCUAUAAUGCAAAAACACAAGGUCUGUUGACAUCUGGCAAUGCACUUAUUCUACUUGAAGCUCAAGUAGCAACAGGAUACAUCAUUGACCCUGUAAAAAACAAAUUUUUCACUGUUAAUGAAGCAGCAAGAGAAAAAGUAGUUGGACCAGAUGUGCGUGAGCAAUUGCUCGCAGCUGAACAAGCUGUCACUGGCUAUGUGGAUCCAUACACAGAUGCAACAAUAUCUCUGUUUGAGGCCAUGAAUAAAAAUCUCAUCGAGAAAAGCUAUGGUAAUCGUCUUCUUCAGGCACAGAUAGCAACAGGGGGGAUUAUUGACCCCAUUCAAAGUCACAGGCUUCCUGUCACCGUUGCUAAGAAAAGGGGAUACUUUGAUGACGAAAUGAAUAAAACUUUGUCUGACACCAGUGAUGACAUUAAGGGAUUCUUUGACCCAAACACUAAAGAAAAUCUCAGCUACAUUGAGCUGAUGAAGCGGUGUGAGGAGGAUUCUCAGACUGGGCUUCUUCUACUACCCCUUUAUGAGGAUGGAUCAAAUGUCUUUCACACGGAUGAGCAAACAGAGUUCAAAUUCAAAAACAAAGUUGUCACCAUCAAUGCAGGGAAAUUUCAAGGAAAAGAGGUGACACUUUGGGAGAUUUUGCUCUCGGAAUACAUUUCAGAGCAAAAGAGGGAACAACUUUUUCACCAAUACAAGACAGGAGCCAUGAAAAUAGAGGAAAUAAUUGAAAUCAUCACUGUGAUCAUUACUGAGAUGACAUCUAAAGAAAGGAAGUUCAAGGGACUGAGAAAACAAGUCUCGGCAAGUGAAUUGUAUGAGUCUAAAAUUAUCUCAAAGGACCUCUUCACACAAAUUAUCCAGGGGGACUUAACUGAAGAUAAUGUGAACAAAAUGCAAUCCAUUCAAAAAUAUCUUGGAGCCACAAACUCUAUAGCAGGUGUACGACUUCAGUCAACAAAAAAAGUCAUGAGCAUCUAUGAGGCCAAGACCAAAGGUCUCCUAACCCCUGGCACCUCUCUAGUUCUGCUGGAGGCACAAGCUGCCACCGGCUUUGUCAUAGAUCCUGUCAACAAUAAGAAACUCUCAGUGGAAGAAGCUAUAGCUCAAGGUGUGGUUGGCGGUGAGUGGAAAAAAAAGCUGCUCUCAGCCGAAAGAGCAGUGACUGGAUACAAAGAUCCUUACACAGGAAACACCAUUUCUUUGUUCCAGGCAUUGAACAAGGAUCUCAUUGUCAAAGAUCAUGGAAUUCGCCUCCUUGAGGCUCAAAUUGCUACUGGGGGCAUCAUCGACCCAGUGCAUAGCCAUCGAGUGCCUGUAGAGGUGGCAUACCAGAGAGGGUACUUUGAUGUGGAAAUGAACCAGAUCCUGUCCGACCCUGACGAUGACACCAAGGGCUUUUUUGACCCCAACACACAGGAGAACCUCACCUAUCUCCAGUUGCAGGAGAGGUGUGUAACAGAUCCUAUCACAGGCCUCAGUUUACUCGUCAUUGUAAAGAAGGGAGAGUUUUACUUCUUUGUUGAUGAGGCCACAAAACUCCUCCUGAAAUCUAUAACAACAACCACAGCAGGUGGUAAAUAUCGAGGGCAGACUGUGUCUCUUUGGGAACUUAUUUAUUCCAAAUACAUCACAGAGGACAAGAGGAGAGAGCUUGUGCAGCAGUUCAAGUCAGGAUCCAUCACUGUUGAACGUUUCUUGGAGAUUACACUGACAAUCAUUCAACAGCAAACCCGAGAAACCUCAACAACUUUCAAAACUACAUGCCAGCUACCAGAAGCAAAGUCAGACAGCAGCACAACAAAAACUACCAUCACCACCAAAAUUACAGAGACAAGUGAGUCCACACGCUUCCAUGGAAUCAGGAAAGAUGUCACUGCUGAUGAACUGCUUGAGUCCAAAAUAAUUGAUCAGGGUCUCUACAAAGACCUGAGCGCUGGAAUAGUCACAGUGACAGAAGUAAGUGAGAUGGACUCAGUGCGCAAGUACCUGGAGGGGACCAACAGCAUAGCAGGGGUGUAUCUCCAGUCCUCCAAGGAGACAAUGAGCAUCUAUACAGCCAAGUCCAAAGGUCUUCUAACCCCUGGCACCUCUCUAGUUCUGCUGGAGGCACAAGCUGCCACUGGCUUUGUCAUAGAUCCUGUCAACAACAAAAAACUCUCAGUCGUAGAGGCUGUAGCUCAAGGUGUGGUAGGCAGUGAGUGGCAAAACAAGCUGCUCUCAGCCGAAAGAGCAGUGACCGGAUACAAAGAUCCUUACACAGGAAACACCAUUUCUUUGUUCCAGGCUUUGAACAAGGACCUCAUUGUCAAAGAUCAUGGAAUUCGCCUCCUUGAGGCUCAAAUUGCUACUGGGGGCAUCAUCGACCCAGUGCAUAGCCAUCGAGUGCCUGUAGAGGUGGCAUACCAGAGAGGGUACUUUGAUGUGGAAAUGAACCAGAUCCUGUCCGACCCUGACGAUGACACCAAGGGCUUUUUUGACCCCAACACACAGGAGAACCUCACCUAUCUCCAGUUGCAGGAGAGGUGUGUAACAGAUCCUAUCACAGGCCUCAGUUUACUCGUCAUUGUAAAGAAGGGAGAGUUUUACUUCUUUGUUGAUGAGGCCACAAAACUCCUCCUGAAAUCUAAAACAACAACCACAGCAGGUGGUAAAUAUCGAGGGCAGACUGUGUCUCUUUGGGAACUUAUUUAUUCCAAAUACAUCACAGAGGACAAGAGGAGAGAGCUUGUGCAGCAGUUCAAGUCAGGAUCCAUCACUGUUGAACGUUUCUUGGAGAUUACACUGACAAUCAUUCAACAGCAAACCCGAGAAACCUCAACAACUUUCAAAACUACAUGCCAGCUACCAGAAGCAAAGUCAGACAGCAGCACAACAAAAACUACCAUCACCACCAAAAUUACAGAGACAAGUGAGUCCACACGCUUCCAUGGAAUCAGGAAAGAUGUCACUGCUGAUGAACUCCUUGAGUCCAAAAUUAUAGACCAGGGUCUCUACAAAGACCUGAGUGCUGGAAUAGUCACAGUGACAGAAGUAAGUGAGAUGGACUCAGUGCGCAAGUACCUGGAGGGGACCAACAGCAUAGCAGGGGUGUAUCUCCAGUCCACCAAGGAGACAAUGAGCAUCUAUACAGCCAUGUCCAAAGGUCUUCUAACCCCUGGCACCUCUCUAGUUCUGCUGGAGGCACAAGCUGCCACUGGCUUUGUCAUAGAUCCUGUCAACAACAAAAAACUCUCAGUCUUAGAGGCUGUAGCUCAAGGUGUGGUAGGCAGUGAGUGGCAAAACAAGCUGCUCUCAGCCGAAAGAGCAGUGACCGGAUACAAAGAUCCUUACACAGGAAACACCAUUUCUUUGUUCCAGGCUUUGAACAAGGACCUCAUUGUCAAAGAUCAUGGAAUUCGCCUCCUUGAGGCUCAAAUUGCUACUGGGGGCAUCAUCGACCCAGUGCAUAGCCAUCGAGUGCCUGUAGAGGUGGCAUACCAGAGAGGGUACUUUGAUGUGGAAAUGAACCAGAUCCUGUCCGACCCUGACGAUGACACCAAGGGCUUUUUUGACCCCAACACACAGGAGAACCUCACCUAUCUCCAGUUGCAGGAGAGGUGUGUAACAGAUCCUAUCACAGGCCUCAGUUUACUCGUCAUUGUAAAGAAGGGAGAGUUUUACUUCUUUGUUGAUGAGGCCACAAAACUCCUCCUGAAAUCUAAAACAACAACCACAGCAGGUGGUAAAUAUCGAGGGCAGACUGUGUCUCUUUGGGAACUUAUUUAUUCCAAAUACAUCACAGAGGACAAGAGGAGAGAGCUUGUGCAGCAGUUCAAGUCAGGUUCUAUCACUGUUGAACGUUUCUUGGAGAUUACACUGACAAUCAUUCAACAGCAAACCCGAGAAACCUCAACAACUUUCAAAACUACAUGCCAGCUACCAGAAGCAAAGUCAGACAGCAGCACAACAAAAACUACCAUCACCGACAAAAUUACAGAGACAAGUGAGUCCACACGCUUCCAUGGAAUCAGGAAAGAUGUCACUGCUGAUGAACUGCUUGAGUCCAAAAUUAUUGAUCAGGGUCUCUACAAAGACCUGAGUGCUGGAAUAGUCACAGUGACAGAAGUAAGUGAGAUGGACUCAGUGCGCAAGUACCUGGAGGGGACCAACAGCAUAGCAGGGGUUUAUCUCCAGUCCACCAAGGAGACAAUGAGCAUCUAUACAGCCAAGUCCAAAGGUCUUCUAACCCCUGGCACCUCUCUAGUUCUGCUGGAGGCACAAGCUGCCACUGGCUUUGUCAUAGAUCCUGUCAACAACAAAAAACUCUCAGUCGUAGAGGCUGUAGCUCAAGGUGUGGUAGGCAGUGAGUGGCAAAACAAGCUGCUCUCAGCCGAAAGAGCAGUGACCGGAUACAAAGAUCCUUACACAGGAAACACCAUUUCUUUGUUCCAGGCUUUGAACAAGGACCUCAUUGUCAAAGAUCAUGGAAUUCGCCUCCUUGAGGCUCAAAUUGCUACUGGGGGCAUCAUCGACCCAGUGCAUAGCCAUCGAGUGCCUGUAGAGGUGGCAUACCAGAGAGGGUACUUUGAUGUGGAAAUGAACCAGAUCCUGUCCGACCCUGACGAUGACACCAAGGGCUUUUUUGACCCCAACACACAGGAGAACCUCACCUAUCUCCAGUUGCAGGAGAGGUGUGUAACAGAUCCUAUCACAGGCCUCAGUUUACUCGUCAUUGUAAAGAAGGGAGAGUUUUACUUCUUUGUUGAUGAGGCCACAAAACUCCUCCUGAAAUCUAAAACAACAACCACAGCAGGUGGUAAAUAUCGAGGGCAGACUGUGUCUCUUUGGGAACUUCUUUAUUCCAAGUACAUCACAGAGGACAAGAGGAGAGAGCUUGUGCAGCAGUUCAAGUCAGGAUCUAUCACUGUUGAACGUUUCUUGGAGAUUACACUGACAAUCAUUCAACAGCAAACCCGAGAAACCUCAACAACUUUCAAAACUACAUGCCAGCUACCGGAAGCAAAGUCAGACAGCAGCACAACAAAAACUACCAUCACCACCAAAAUUACAGAGACAAGUGAGUCCACACGCUUCCAUGGAAUCAGGAAAGAUGUCACUGCUGAUGAACUGCUUGAGUCCAAAAUAAUUGAUCAGGGUCUCUACAAAGACCUGAGCGCUGGAAUAGUCACAGUGACAGAAGUAAGUGAGAUGGACUCAGUGCGCAAGUACCUGGAGGGGACCAACAGCAUAGCAGGGGUGUAUCUCCAGUCCUCCAAGGAGACAAUGAGCAUCUAUACAGCCAAGUCCAAAGGUCUUCUAACCCCUGGCACCUCUCUAGUUCUGCUGGAGGCACAAGCUGCCACUGGCUUUGUCAUAGAUCCUGUCAACAACAAAAAACUCUCAGUCGUAGAGGCUGUAGCUCAAGGUGUGGUAGGCAGUGAGUGGCAAAACAAGCUGCUCUCAGCCGAAAGAGCAGUGACCGGAUACAAAGAUCCUUACACAGGAAACACCAUUUCUUUGUUCCAGGCUUUGAACAAGGACCUCAUUGUCAAAGAUCAUGGAAUUCGCCUCCUUGAGGCUCAAAUUGCUACUGGGGGCAUCAUCGACCCAGUGCAUAGCCAUCGAGUGCCUGUAGAGGUGGCAUACCAGAGAGGGUACUUUGAUGUGGAAAUGAACCAGAUCCUGUCCGACCCUGACGAUGACACCAAGGGCUUUUUUGACCCCAACACACAGGAGAACCUCACCUAUCUCCAGUUGCAGGAGAGGUGUGUAACAGAUCCUAUCACAGGCCUCAGUUUACUCGUCAUUGUAAAGAAGGGAGAGUUUUACUUCUUUGUUGAUGAGGCCACAAAACUCCUCCUGAAAUCUAAAACAACAACCACAGCAGGUGGUAAAUAUCGAGGGCAGACUGUGUCUCUUUGGGAACUUAUUUAUUCCAAAUACAUCACAGAGGACAAGAGGAGAGAGCUUGUGCAGCAGUUCAAGUCAGGAUCUAUCACUGUUGAACGUUUCUUGGAGAUUACACUGACAAUCAUUCAACAGCAAACCCGAGAAACCUCAACAACUUUCAAAACUACAUGCCAGCUACCAGAAGCAAAGUCAGACAGCAGCACAACAAAAACUACCAUCACCACCAAAAUUACAGAGACAAGUGAGUCCACACGCUUCCAUGGAAUCAGGAAAGAUGUCACUGCUGAUGAACUCCUUGAGUCCAAAAUUAUAGACCAGGGUCUCUACAAAGACCUGAGUGCUGGAAUAGUCACAGUGACAGAAGUAAGUGAGAUGGACUCAGUGCGCAAGUACCUGGAGGGGACCAACAGCAUAGCAGGGGUGUAUCUCCAGUCCACCAAGGAGACAAUGAGCAUCUAUACAGCCAAGUCCAAAGGUCUUCUAACCCCUGGCACCUCUCUAGUUCUGCUGGAGGCACAAGCUGCCACUGGCUUUGUCAUAGAUCCUGUCAACAACAAAAAACUCUCAGUCGUAGAGGCUGUAGCUCAAGGUGUGGUAGGCAGUGAGUGGCAAAACAAGCUGCUCUCAGCCGAAAGAGCAGUGACCGGAUACAAAGAUCCUUACACAGGAAACACCAUUUCUUUGUUCCAGGCUUUGAACAAGGACCUCAUUGUCAAAGAUCAUGGAAUUCGCCUCCUUGAGGCUCAAAUUGCUACUGGGGGCAUCAUCGACCCAGUGCAUAGCCAUCGAGUGCCUGUAGAGGUGGCAUACCAGAGAGGGUACUUUGAUGUGGAAAUGAACCAGAUCCUGUCCGACCCUGACGAUGACACCAAGGGCUUUUUUGACCCCAACACACAGGAGAACCUCACCUAUCUCCAGUUGCAGGAGAGGUGUGUAACAGAUCCUAUCACAGGCCUCAGUUUACUCGUCAUUGUAAAGAAGGGAGAGUUUUACUUCUUUGUUGAUGAGGCCACAAAACUCCUCCUGAAAUCUAAAACAACAACCACAGCAGGUGGUAAAUAUCGAGGGCAGACUGUGUCUCUUUGGGAACUUCUUUAUUCCAAAUACAUCACAGAGGACCAGAGGAGAGAGCUUGUGCAGCAGUUCAAGUCAGGUUCUAUCACUGUUGAACGUUUCUUGGAGAUUACACUGACAAUCAUUCGACAGCAAACCCGAGAAACCUCAACAACUUUCAAAACUACAUGCCAGCUACCAGAAGCAAAGUCAGACAGCAGCACAACAAAAACUAUCAUCACCACCAAAAUUACAGAGACAAGUGAGUCCACAAGCUUCCAUGGAAUCAGGAAAGAUGUCACUGCUGAUGAACUGCUUGAGUCCAAAAUUAUUGAUCAGGGUCUCUACAAAGACCUGAGCGCUGGAAUAGUCACAGUGACAGAAGUAAGUGAGAUGGACUCAGUGCGCAAGUACCUGGAGGGGACCAACAGCAUAGCAGGGGUGUAUCUCCAGUCCUCCAAGGAGACAAUGAGCAUCUAUACAGCCAAGUCCAAAGGUCUUCUAACCCCUGGCACCUCUCUAGUUCUGCUGGAGGCACAAGCUGCCACUGGCUUUGUCAUAGAUCCUGUCAACAACAAAAAACUCUCAGUCGUAGAGGCUGUAGCUCAAGGUGUGGUAGGCAGUGAGUGGCAAAACAAGCUGCUCUCAGCCGAAAGAGCAGUGACCGGAUACAAAGAUCCUUACACAGGAAACACCAUUUCUUUGUUCCAGGCUUUGAACAAGGACCUCAUUGUCAAAGAUCAUGGAAUUCGCCUCCUUGAGGCUCAAAUUGCUACUGGGGGCAUCAUCGACCCAGUGCAUAGCCAUCGAGUGCCUGUAGAGGUGGCAUACCAGAGAGGGUACUUUGAUGUGGAAAUGAACCAGAUCCUGUCCGACCCUGACGAUGACACCAAGGGCUUUUUUGACCCCAACACACAGGAGAACCUCACCUAUCUCCAGUUGCAGGAGAGGUGUGUAACAGAUCCUAUCACAGGCCUCAGUUUACUCGUCAUUGUAAAGAAGGGAGAGUUUUACUUCUUUGUUGAUGAGGCCACAAAACUCCUCCUGAAAUCUAAAACAACAACCACAGCAGGUGGUAAAUAUCGAGGGCAGACUGUGUCUCUUUGGGAACUUCUUUAUUCCAAAUACAUCACAGAGGACCAGAGGAGAGAGCUUGUGCAGCAGUUCAAGUCAGGAUCUAUCACUGUUGAACGUUUCUUGGAGAUUACACUGACAAUCAUUCAACAGCAAACCCGAGAAACCUCAACAACUUUCAAAACUACAUGCCAGCUACCAGAAGCAAAGUCAGACAGCAGCACAACAAAAACUACCAUCACCGACAAAAUUACAGAGACAAGUGAGUCCACACGCUUCCAUGGAAUCAGGAAAGAUGUCACUGCUGAUGAACUCCUUGAGUCCAAAAUUAUAGACCAGGGUCUCUACAAAGACCUGAGUGCUGGAAUAGUCACAGUGACAGAAGUAAGUGAGAUGGACUCAGUGCGCAAGUACCUGGAGGGGACCAACAGCAUAGCAGGGGUGUAUCUCCAGUCCACCAAAGAGACAAUGAGCAUCUAUACAGCCAAGUCCAAAGGUCUUCUAACCCCUGGCACCUCUCUAGUUCUGCUGGAGGCACAAGCUGCCACUGGCUUUGUCAUAGAUCCUGUCAACAACAAAAAACUCUCAGUCGUAGAGGCUGUAGCUCAAGGUGUGGUAGGCAGUGAGUGGCAAAACAAGCUGCUCUCAGCCGAAAGAGCAGUGACCGGAUACAAAGAUCCUUACACAGGAAACACCAUUUCUUUGUUCCAGGCUUUGAACAAGGACCUCAUUGUCAAAGAUCAUGGAAUUCGCCUCCUUGAGGCUCAAAUUGCUACUGGGGGCAUCAUCGACCCAGUGCAUAGCCAUCGAGUGCCUGUAGAGGUGGCAUACCAGAGAGGGUACUUUGAUGUGGAAAUGAACCAGAUCCUGUCCGACCCUGACGAUGACACCAAGGGCUUUUUUGACCCCAACACACAGGAGAACCUCACCUAUCUCCAGUUGCAGGAGAGGUGUGUAACAGAUCCUGUCACAGGCCUCAGUUUACUCGUCAUUGUAAAGAAGGGAGAGUUUUACUUCUUUGUUGAUGAGGCCACAAAACUCCUCCUGAAAUCUAAAACAACAACCACAGCAGGUGGUAAAUAUCGAGGGCAGACUGUGUCUCUUUGGGAACUUAUUUAUUCCAAAUACAUCACAGAGGACAAGAGGAGAGAGCUUGUGCAGCAGUUCAAGUCAGGAUCUAUCACUGUUGAACGUUUCUUGGAGAUUACACUGACAAUCAUUCGACAGCAAACCCGAGAAACCUCAACAACUUUCAAAACUACAUGCCAGCUACCAGAAGCAAAGUCAGACAGCAGCACAACAAAAACUACCAUCACCACCAAAAUUACAGAGACAAGUGAGUCCACAAGCUUCCAUGGAAUCAGGAAAGAUGUCACUGCUGAUGAACUGCUUGAGUCCAAAAUUAUUGAUCAGGGUCUCUACAAAGACCUGAGCGCUGGAAUAGUCACAGUGACAGAAGUAAGUGAGAUGGACUCAGUGCGCAAGUACCUGGAGGGGACCAACAGCAUAGCAGGGGUGUAUCUCCAGUCCUCCAAGGAGACAAUGAGCAUCUAUACAGCCAAGUCCAAAGGUCUUCUAACCCCUGGCACCUCUCUAGUUCUGCUGGAGGCACAAGCUGCCACUGGCUUUGUCAUAGAUCCUGUCAACAACAAAAAACUCUCAGUCUUAGAGGCUGUAGCUCAAGGUGUGGUAGGCAGUGAGUGGCAAAACAAGCUGCUCUCAGCCGAAAGAGCAGUGACCGGAUACAAAGAUCCUUACACAGGAAACACCAUUUCUUUGUUCCAGGCUUUGAACAAGGACCUCAUUGUCAAAGAUCAUGGAAUUCGCCUCCUUGAGGCUCAAAUUGCUACUGGGGGCAUCAUCGACCCAGUGCAUAGCCAUCGAGUGCCUGUAGAGGUGGCAUACCAGAGAGGGUACUUUGAUGUGGAAAUGAACCAGAUCCUGUCCGACCCUGACGAUGACACCAAGGGCUUUUUUGACCCCAACACACAGGAGAACCUCACCUAUCUCCAGUUGCAGGAGAGGUGUGUAACAGAUCCUAUCACAGGCCUCAGUUUACUCGUCAUUGUAAAGAAGGGAGAGUUUUACUUCUUUGUUGAUGAGGCCACAAAACUCCUCCUGAAAUCUAAAACAACAACCACAGCAGGUGGUAAAUAUCGAGGGCAGACUGUGUCUCUUUGGGAACUUCUUUAUUCCAAAUACAUCACAGAGGACAAGAGGAGAGAGCUUGUGCAGCAGUUCAAGUCAGGAUCUAUCACUGUUGAACGUUUCUUGGAGAUUACACUGACAAUCAUUCAACAGCAAACCCGAGAAACCUCAACAACUUUCAAAACUACAUGCCAGCUACCAGAAGCAAAGUCAGACAGCAGCACAACAAAAACUACCAUCACCACCAAAAUUACAGAGACAAGUGAGUCCACAAGCUUCCAUGGAAUCAGGAAAGAUGUCACUGCUGAUGAACUGCUUGAGUCCAAAAUUAUUGAUCAGGGUCUCUACAAAGACCUGAGCGCUGGAAUAGUCACAGUGACAGAAGUAAGUGAGAUGGACUCAGUGCGCAAGUACCUGGAGGGGACCAACAGCAUAGCAGGGGUGUAUCUCCAGUCCUCCAAGGAGACAAUGAGCAUCUAUACAGCCAAGUCCAAAGGUCUUCUAACCCCUGGCACCUCUCUAGUUCUGCUGGAGGCACAAGCUGCCACUGGCUUUGUCAUAGAUCCUGUCAACAACAAAAAACUCUCAGUCGUAGAGGCUGUAGCUCAAGGUGUGGUAGGCAGUGAGUGGCAAAACAAGCUGCUCUCAGCCGAAAGAGCAGUGACCGGAUACAAAGAUCCUUACACAGGAAACACCAUUUCUUUGUUCCAGGCUUUGAACAAGGACCUCAUUGUCAAAGAUCAUGGAAUUCGCCUCCUUGAGGCUCAAAUUGCUACUGGGGGCAUCAUCGACCCAGUGCAUAGCCAUCGAGUGCCUGUAGAGGUGGCAUACCAGAGAGGGUACUUUGAUGUGGAAAUGAACCAGAUCCUGUCCGACCCUGACGAUGACACCAAGGGCUUUUUUGACCCCAACACACAGGAGAACCUCACCUAUCUCCAGUUGCAGGAGAGGUGUGUAACAGAUCCUAUCACAGGCCUCAGUUUACUCGUCAUUGUAAAGAAGGGAGAGUUUUACUUCUUUGUUGAUGAGGCCACAAAACUCCUCCUGAAAUCUAAAACAACAACCACAGCAGGUGGUAAAUAUCGAGGGCAGACUGUGUCUCUUUGGGAACUUAUUUAUUCCAAAUACAUCACAGAGGACAAGAGGAGAGAGCUUGUGCAGCAGUUCAAGUCAGGAUCUAUCACUGUUGAACGUUUCUUGGAGAUUACACUGACAAUCAUUCAACAGCAAACCCGAGAAACCUCAACAACUUUCAAAACUACAUGCCAGCUACCAGAAGCAAAGUCAGACAGCAGCACAACAAAAACUACCAUCACCACCAAAAUUACAGAGACAAGUGAGUCCACAAGCUUCCAUGGAAUCAGGAAAGAUGUCACUGCUGAUGAACUGCUUGAGUCCAAAAUUAUUGAUCAGGGUCUCUACAAAGACCUGAGCGCUGGAAUAGUCACAGUGACAGAAGUAAGUGAGAUGGACUCAGUGCGCAAGUACCUGGAGGGGACCAACAGCAUAGCAGGGGUGUAUCUCCAGUCCUCCAAGGAGACAAUGAGCAUCUAUACAGCCAAGUCCAAAGGUCUUCUAACCCCUGGCACCUCUCUAGUUCUGCUGGAGGCACAAGCUGCCACUGGCUUUGUCAUAGAUCCUGUCAACAACAAAAAACUCUCAGUCGUAGAGGCUGUAGCUCAAGGUGUGGUAGGCAGUGAGUGGCAAAACAAGCUGCUCUCAGCCGAAAGAGCAGUGACCGGAUACAAAGAUCCUUACACAGGAAAAACCAUUUCUUUGUUCCAGGCUUUGAACAAGGACCUCAUUGUCAAAGAUCAUGGAAUUCGCCUCCUUGAGGCUCAAAUUGCUACUGGGGGCAUCAUCGACCCAGUGCAUAGCCAUCGAGUGCCUGUAGAGGUGGCAUACCAGAGAGGGUACUUUGAUGUGGAAAUGAACCAGAUCCUGUCCGACCCUGACGAUGACACCAAGGGCUUUUUUGACCCCAACACACAGGAGAACCUCACCUAUCUGCAGUUGCAGGAGAGGUGUGUAACAGAUCCUAUCACAGGCCUCAGUUUACUCGUCAUUGUAAAGAAGGGAGAGUUUUACUUCUUUGUUGAUGAGGCCACAAAACUCCUCCUGAAAUCUAAAACAACAACCACAGCAGGUGGUAAAUAUCGAGGGCAGACUGUGUCUCUUUGGGAACUUCUUUAUUCCAAAUACAUCACAGAGGACAAGAGGAGAGAGCUUGUGCAGCAGUUCAAGUCAGGAUCUAUCACUGUUGAACGUUUCUUGGAGAUUACACUGGCAAUCAUUCGACAGCAAACCCGAGAAACCUCAACAACUUUCAAAACUACAUGCCAGCUACCAGAAGCAAAGUCAGACAGCAGCACAACAAAAACUACCAUUACCACCAAAAUUACAGAGACAAGUGAGUCCACAAGCUUCCAUGGAAUCAGGAAAGAUGUCACUGCUGAUGAACUGCUUGAGUCCAAAAUUAUUGAUCAGGGUCUCUACAAAGACCUGAGUGAUGGAAUAGUCACAGUGACAGAAGUAAGUGAGAUGGACUCAGUGCGCAAGUACCUGGAGGGGACCAACAGCAUAGCAGGGGUGUAUCUCCAGUCCACCAAGGAGACAAUGAGCAUCUAUACAGCCAAGUCCAAAGGUCUUCUAACCCCUGGAACCUCUCUAGUUCUGCUGGAGGCACAAGCUGCCACUGGCUUUGUCAUAGAUCCUGUCAACAACAAAAAACUCUCAGUCGUAGAGGCUGUAGCUCAAGGUGUGGUAGGCAGUGAGUGGCAAAACAAGCUGCUCUCAGCCGAAAGAGCAGUGACCGGAUACAAAGAUCCUUACACAGGAAACACCAUUUCUUUGUUCCAGGCUUUAAACAAGGACCUCAUUGUCAAAGAUCAUGGAAUUCGCCUCCUUGAGGCACAAAUUGCUACUGGGGGCAUCAUCGACCCAGUGCAUAGCCAUCGAGUGCCUGUAGAGGUGGCAUACCAGAGAGGGUACUUUGAUGUGGAAAUGAACCAGAUCCUGUCCGACCCUGACGAUGACACCAAGGGCUUUUUUGACCCCAACACACAGGAGAACCUCACCUAUCUCCAGUUGCAGGAGAGGUGUGUAACAGAUCCUAUCACAGGCCUCAGUUUACUCGUCAUUGUAAAGAAGGGAGAGUUUUACUUCUUUGUUGAUGAGGCCACAAAACUCCUCCUGAAAUCUAAAACAACAACCACAGCAGGUGGUAAAUAUCGAGGGCAGACUGUGUCUCUUUGGGAACUUAUUUAUUCCAAAUACAUCACAGAGGACAAGAGGAGAGAGCUUGUGCAGCAGUUCAAGUCAGGAUCUAUCACUGCUGAACGUUUCUUGGAGAUUACACUGACAAUCAUUCAACAGCAAACCCGAGAAACCUCAACAACUUUCAAAACUACAUGCCAGCUACCAGAAGCAAAGUCAGACAGCAGCACAACAAAAACUACCAUCACCACCAAAAUUACAGAGACAAGUGAGUCCACACGCUUCCAUGGAAUCAGGAAAGAUGUCACUGCUGAUGAACUGCUUGAGUCCAAAAUUAUUGAUCAGGGUCUCUACAAAGACCUGAGUGCUGGAAUAGUCACAGUGACAGAAGUAAGUGAGAUGGACUCAGUGCGCAAGUACCUGGAGGGGACCAACAGCAUAGCAGGGGUGUAUCUCCAGUCCACCAAGGAGACAAUGAGCAUCUAUACAGCCAAGUCCAAAGGUCUUCUAACCCCUGGAACCUCUCUAGUUCUGCUGGAGGCACAAGCUGCCACUGGCUUUGUCAUAGAUCCUGUCAACAACAAAAAACUCUCAGUCGUAGAGGCUGUAGCUCAAGGUGUGGUAGGCAGUGAGUGGCAAAACAAGCUGCUCUCAGCCGAAAGAGCAGUGACCGGAUACAAAGAUCCUUACACAGGAAACACUAUUUCUUUGUUCCAGGCUUUGAACAAGGACCUCAUUGUCAAAGAUCAUGGAAUUCGCCUCCUUGAGGCACAAAUUGCUACUGGGGGCAUCAUCGACCCAGUGCAUAGCCAUCGAGUGCCUGUAGAGGUGGCAUACCAGAGAGGGUACUUUGAUGUGGAAAUGAACCAGAUCCUGUCCGACCCUGACGAUGACACCAAGGGCUUUUUUGACCCCAACACACAGGAGAACCUCACCUAUCUCCAGUUGCAGGAGAGGUGUGUAACAGAUCCUAUCACAGGCCUCAGUUUACUCGUCAUUGUAAAGAAGGGAGAGUUUUACUUCUUUGUUGAUGAGGCCACAAAACUCCUCCUGAAAUCUAAAACAACAACCACAGCAGGUGGUAAAUAUCGAGGGCAGACUGUGUCUCUUUGGGAACUUCUUUAUUCCAAAUACAUCACAGAGGACAAGAGGAGAGAGCUUGUGCAGCAGUUCAAGUCAGGAUCUAUCACUGUUGAACGUUUCUUGGAGAUUACACUGACAAUCAUUCGACAGCAAACCCGAGAAACCUCAACAACUUUCAAAACUACAUGCCAGCUACCAGAAGCAAAGUCAGACAGCAGCACAACAAAAACUACCAUCACCACCAAAAUUACAGAGACAAGUGAGUCCAUAAGCUUCCAUGGAAUCAGGAAAGAUGUCACUGCUGAUGAACUGCUUGAGUCCAAAAUUAUUGAUCAGGGUCUCUACAAAGACCUGAGAGCUGGAAUAGUCACAGUGACAGAAGUAAGUGAGAUGGACUCAGUGCGCAAGUACCUGGAGGGGACCAACAGCAUAGCAGGGGUGUAUCUCCAGUCCACCAAGGAGACAAUGAGCAUCUAUACAGCCAAGUCCAAAGGUCUUCUAACCCCUGGAACCUCUCUAGUUCUGCUGGAGGCACAAGCUGCCACUGGCUUUGUCAUAGAUCCUGUCAACAACAAAAAACUCUCAGUCGUAGAGGCUGUAGCUCAAGGUGUGGUAGGCAGUGAGUGGCAAAACAAGCUGCUCUCAGCCGAAAGAGCAGUGACCGGAUACAAAGAUCCUUACACAGGAAACACCAUUUCUUUGUUCCACGCUUUGAACAAGGACCUCAUUGUCAAAGAUCAUGGAAUUCGCCUCCUUGAGGCACAGAUUGCUACUGGGGGCAUCAUCGACCCAGUGCAUAGCCAUCGAGUACCUGUAGAGGUGGCAUACCAGAGAGGGUACUUUGAUGUGGAAAUGAACCAGAUCCUGUCCGACCCUGACGAUGACACCAAGGGCUUUUUUGACCCCAACACACAGGAGAACCUCACCUAUCUCCAGUUGCAGGAGAGGUGUGUAACAGAUCCUAUCACAGGCCUCAGUUUACUCGUCAUUGUAAAGAAGGGAGAGUUUUACUUCUUUGUUGAUGAGGCCACAAAACUCCUCCUGAAAUCUAAAACAACAACCACAGCAGGUGGUAAAUAUCGAGGGCAGACUGUGUCUCUUUGGGAACUUCUUUAUUCCAAAUACAUCACAGAGGACCAGAGGAGAGAGCUUGUGCAGCAGUUCAAGUCAGGUUCUAUCACUGUUGAACGUUUCUUGGAGAUUACACUAACAAUCAUUCAACAGCAAACCCGAGAAACCUCAACACCUUCAUAAACCACAUACCAGGGGCACCCUGGUGGAUUACCUGGUAGUGUACGUACAACAUACGGCUCAAUUUUUACCGAAGCAUUCUGGGUUCGAAUCCUGCUCGGACCCUUUCCUGCAUGUCAUUACCUCUCUUUCCCUUGACUUUCCUGUCUCUCUCCUGACUAUCACUUUUAAAUAAAAAUGGAAAAUGCCAAAAAUAAUCUUAAAAAAAAACAUCAGCUACCAGAAACAAAGUCAGUCAGCGGCACAGCAACUACCAUAGCCACCACAAUUACAAAGACAAGUGAGUCCAAAAACUUGUAUGGAAUCAGGAAGGAUGUUACUGCUGAUGUCCAAAAUGAUUGAUGGUCUUGAAAAAAGGAUCAUGGAAUUGCACUCCUUGAGACACAAAAAAGCACUGACUGGAUACAAAGA